AGACGGUUCUACCUAAUGCACCUGUCCAGCUUUGAGGAUGUCGAGGACACCUUCGCUGUCAUCGUGACCACGUGUCAGCAUUAGCUUCCCGACGGCUUCAGGAUAUCAAGAACACGUGCGCCUGCGCGAAUUACCGAAUGAUCCUGUUGUUGAACCGGAUUGAUGAGCGAAUCCCCACACGAAGGAAGCGAGGAUUCGGCUUGGGACAUUAUGAAGCCGAGGGUCCUGCUCGCCCUCGUCAACCUCAUCACCUCUUACGCUUCCUUCCUAGCGGCUGCGAGAACUUCCGCUAGGCAGCGCACGCAGAGCAACAACCACAGCAACAUCAGCGAUCUGCUGGACAAUCUGCUGCGCGGCUACGACAACAGCAUCAGACCGGACUUCGGCGGACCUCCGGCCACUGUCGAAGUCGAUAUCAUGGUACGCAGCAUGGGUCCCAUUUCCGAGGUGGAUAUGACGUACUCGAUGGACUGUUACUUCCGGCAGUCGUGGGUCGACCGACGCUUGGCUUUCCAAGGCGGUAAGGAAACGCUUGCACUGAGCAUCUCCAUGCUGGCGAGGAUCUGGAAGCCCGACACGUACUUCUACAACGGCAAGUACAGUUACUUGCAUACGAUUACCAGCCCGAAUAAGUUCGUCAGGCUGUACCAGGACGGCAGAGUACUUUACAGCUCAAGACUAACGAUCAAAGCGGGUUGCCCGAUGAAUCUCGAGGAUUUCCCGAUGGACACGCAGAGAUGCCCGUUGCAGUUCGGCAGUUUCAGCUACACGACGCGCGAUGUAAUCUACAAGUGGAACAGCGCGCGGCAGGUGGCUAUAGCGGAGGACAUGAAACUGUCGCAAUUUGAUCUGGUCGCCAAUCCUACCGCUAAUCACUCGUCCGCACCGGGUCUGUCGCACGCGGAAUACUCGAUGCUCCUGGUGUACUUCCACUUGCAAAGGCACAUGGGUAACUUCCUAAUACAGGUAUACGGUCCGUGUGUCCUGCUGGUCGUCCUUUCCUGGGUGUCCUUCUGGUUAAACAGAGAAGCCACCGCCGAUAGAGUAUCCUUGGGCAUAACCACCGUGUUGACAAUGACGUUCUUAGGGCUCGAGGCGCGAACCGACCUGCCGAAAGUUCCUUACCCCACUGCCCUGGACUUCUUCGUCUUCCUCUCGUUCGCAUUCAUAUUCGCCACUAUAAUACAAUUCGCUGUGGUCCACUACUUCACGAAGUACGGGUCCGGCGAGUGUUACUUCAGCUCCGACCUGAGCGACCUCGACAGCUCGAGCGAAGAGGAAGAGAUGGCUAGAAGAAGACCGGUGAAAAAUCAAACGGCUCGUCGGAAAAGCUGUGCGAGUUCCGGCGUACGAGGACGCGACGGCCGGAGCUUCACGAUGAACGGCGACGGUAUGAUCGAGGUGAUACCGCUCUCGGCGAUCUCGAUACCCGACAAGGACCCCGCGGUCGGUCAUUGGCAAAUAUCCUGCGUGGCCUGCAGCCCUCCGCCGCGACAGCCGCCGCCGCCCAGAAGAACGACGUCGGACGGAAGACGACGCCGUCGAACACCGAGAUAUAAUUCCGUAUCGAAGAUCGACCGUGCCAGUCGUGUGGUGUUUCCCCUCUUCUUCCUGGCCAUCAAUCUCUUUUACUGGUACGCGUAUCUGUCGCGCAGCGAACGGAUGCAAUACUACAAUUCCAAUGUCGCGUGAUCACGCCGAGAGCAAAAGCGCGAAGGGAAUUCGAAUUAGCGCGAUGCGAGUGUAAUCAGCGUACUGCGAUUAGAAUUGUCUGCAUCCACUUCGGAAGGCAAAUACGAACUUCGCGCGACACCUUGCGGGGGAUGAGUGAAUACAACCGAUAGUAGUUACCGUACAGUUAAAAACUUUACAGUGUUCAUCGUUAUCAACGCGACCAAAACUCGAUUACCGAUAUAAGUUGUCAAAUGUAAAAAAAAAAAGGUACAUCGACAAAAGUGCACAUGUAACUUUCCUGAUGUAUUACAUGUAAAUUCAUUUAUUUAUGGGAACAUAAAGUAAUUUGAAAAUAUUUAUUCUGCACUGUUGAUCGAAUUCUUCGUUCAUCCCGCUCUCCUCCCGAGAAGCGGAAUGUGCGACAAGGACAGGACUCUGGCUGAUAUAUGUGUGUAUAUAAUAAAAACUUAUUUAUUAGCAAUAGACAAUAGGAUAUUUUAACAGUCACAUCGGAAAUAAUAUAAACUAAAUGUGUUCACUUACGUAUUACGAAUUAUUGGUAUAAUACAUAUAGAGCCAAAUUCCCCCCUGCCCCAUAAGAGUUCCGAAUAUCUCCACACACUUGAAAAGUAUGCGAAUAAUACUUGCUUACGUACUUUACAAUAAUCCCAUCCCUAAAUAUGUACAAUCAUUUACAAGAAAAAAAAGUUGCAACAUUUCUUUUCCGAUAAGUCUCACAAUGCGUUUCGUAUCCGACGAGAAAAUGUAUCUUCUAAAAGCUGUUAAAAAAUAAAUUCUCCCACUA